GAUUCACUGGACCCGUGCGCCAACGCAACCUCACUCGCAUCUUUGACUCGCAUCUGAAGUGCGACAACAAACCGCCAACACAAACACCACCGCUGCUUGAUACCUCUCGAUCCACCAAGCCGACACCGCGACCUUUCGACCGUCCAUCCACCGCGAACACCUCGGCGCCCCCAAUAGUGACCGCCUCGCAACUUCCACCGCUUGGACUGGGGCGAGAAGCGCAGCAGCAGAGCACAGCGUUCCUAGGCGUGCAAUUCACACAACCGCAAAGAUGAAUCCUGAAUACGACUACCUUUUCAAGCUUCUGCUCAUCGGAGACUCUGGUGUCGGAAAGUCUUGCUUGCUGCUUCGUUUCGCCGAUGACACCUACACCGAGAGCUACAUCUCUACCAUCGGCGUCGACUUCAAGAUCCGAACCAUCGAGCUCGAUGGCAAGACCGUCAAGCUUCAAAUCUGGGACACAGCUGGCCAAGAACGUUUCCGCACUAUCACAUCUUCCUACUACCGCGGCGCCCACGGCAUUUGCGUCGUCUACGAUGUCACCGAUAUGGACUCAUUCAACAACGUGAAGCAAUGGCUGCAAGAGAUCGAUCGCUAUGCCACAGAGGGUGUGAACAAGCUCCUCGUCGGAAACAAGAGCGAUAUGUCAGACAAGAAAGUGGUCGAGUACACCGUGGCCAAGGAGUUUGCCGACAGCCUGGGCAUCCCAUUCCUCGAGACCUCUGCAAAGAACGCAAGCAACGUCGAACAGGCUUUCCUCACGAUGGCUCGCCAGAUUAAGGAGCGCAUGGGAAAUACUACAGUCAACAAUAAGCCUACAGUGCAGGUCGGCCAGGGCUCAAACGUGCAGUCUGGCAGCGCAGGUGGCUGCUGUUAGAGCGGAACAGUUCACGGAAGCAGACUUUGAGCGGGGUAACACGUAGGAUAGGGACAAGGUACAGCAUUCAGCGCUGUGUGCUGUACUGAGGAUGUUUCAUGGCGUUCAUGCAUGCGACUAGAAUGCUUGCUUCAUGGGUAGAUGACUUCUGGCGCAAGGCUGCAGACUACCUUUCGGCACUACGAUGGUGUGGAGGAUGGUUAGCUUCUACGACUACACAGAAUGGCGCGCAUAAUGAGCUGUACAAUCACACCACAGCCCUUCCAUAGUCGGUGGCGUUCAGGUGCCAAUUGAGGUUAGGGAAGCAACUACUCAUUUUGUGUCCUCAUCGAAUUAUCACGUGGACCG